AGGGGUCGAGGGUGUCGGGGCUCGAGCAACAUGGGCGGAGGGAGGAAACGGAGGAAGGAGGCGUGAGGAGCCGGUGCUGCCCUGCGCUGCCGGGGACGGGGCUGGGGUGCGGAUUCUCAGCCCGAGCCACCAUGUCGGACAAGAUGUCCAGCUUCCUCUACAUCGGCGACAUCGUAUCCCUCUACGCCGAGGGCUCCGUCAACGGCUUCAUCAGCACGCUGGGAUUAGUGGAUGAUAGAUGUGUGGUUCAGCCAGAGGCAGGGGACCUUGCUAACCCUCCCAAGAAGUUCAGAGACUGCCUUUUCAAGGUGUGUCCUAUGAACCGGUAUUCGGCACAAAAGCAGUACUGGAAAGCCAAACAGGCGAAGCAAGGAAACCACACAGAAGCAGCAUUACUUAAGAAACUACAACAUGCAGCAGAACUAGAGCAGAAGCAGAAUGAAAGUGAGAACAGAAAGUUGUUGGGUGAAAUCGUCAAAUACAGCAAUGUUAUACAGUUACUGCACAUAAAAAGCAACAAAUACCUCACAGUCAAUAAGAGAUUACCAGCUCUGUUGGAGAAGAAUGCUAUGCGGGUCUCACUGGAUACUGCAGGGAAUGAGGGGUCGUGGUUUUACAUCCAGCCAUUUUGGAAACUGAGGAGUGAAGGGGACAAUGUUGUUGUGGGGGACAAAGUUGUAUUGAUGCCAGUCAAUGCAGGACAGCCUCUGCAUGCCAGCAGUAUAGAGCUUUUGGAUAACCCAGGCUGCAAGGAGGUAAAUGCUGUAAAUUGCAAUACAAGCUGGAAAAUAACUUUGUUCAUGAAAUACAGUAGCUACCGAGAUGAUGUACUUAAAGGAGGAGAUGUUGUUAGACUGUUUCAUGCAGAGCAAGAGAAGUUUCUGACUUGUGAUGAAUAUGAGAAGAAUCAAUAUAUAUUUCUUCGCACAACAUUGCGUCAGUCAGCCACUUCUGCAACAAGUUCCAAAGCGCUGUGGGAAAUAGAGGUUGUACAUCAUGAUCCAUGCCGGGGAGGAGCAGGACAAUGGAAUAGCUUGUUCAGAUUUAAACAUCUAGCAACUGGGAACUACUUAGCUGCAGAGCUUAAUCCACAUUAUCCAGAGGGCAGUAAUGAAGGAAAGGUCCAGCAGAGAGAUGGCGACCUUCCUGCUUCAAAGAAGAAACGCCAAGCAGGGGAGAAGAUUAUGUAUACUUUGGUCUCUGUACCACAUGGAAAUGACAUUGCAUCUCUCUUUGAACUGGAUGCCACCACUCUUCAGAGAGCUGAUUGCCUGGUUCCAAGGAACUCUUAUGUGAGACUGAGGCACUUAUGCACUAAUACCUGGGUGACCAGCACUAGCAUUCCAAUAGACACAGAUGAAGAGAGACCUGUAAUGUUGAAGAUUGGGACGUGCCAAACAAAAGAAGACAAGGAAGCUUUUGCCAUUAUUUCAGUUCCUCUGUCUGAGGUCAGAGACUUGGAUUUUGCCAAUGAUGCCAACAAAGUGUUAGCUUCAACUGUUAAAAAGUUGGAGAAUGGAACAAUAACACAAAAUGAAAGGAGGUUUGUAACCAAGCUGCUGGAAGAUCUCAUUUUCUUUGUUGCUGAUAUACCUAAUAAUGGGCAGGAAGUUUUGGAUGUGGUUGUCACCAAGCCAAACCGAGAAAGGCAGAAGUUAAUGAGGGAACAAAAUAUCUUAGCCCAGAUAUUUGGGAUUCUCAAAGCUCCUUUUAAGGACAAAGGAGGAGAAGGAUCAAUGCUGAGACUUGAAGAUCUUGGUGACCAGAGAUAUGCUCCAUACAAAUAUGUGUUAAGGCUAUGUUACAGGGUACUCAGACAUUCCCAGCAGGACUAUAGGAAAAAUCAGGAAUAUAUUGCUAAGAACUUCUGUGUCAUGCAGUCCCAGAUUGGCUAUGAUAUUCUGGCAGAAGACACCAUCACAGCUUUGUUACACAACAACAGAAAGCUACUAGAGAAACACAUCACGGCAAAGGAAAUAGAGACAUUUGUUAGUUUACUCAGGAGGAAUCGAGAGCCAAGGUUCUUGGAUUAUCUAUCAGACCUAUGUGUUUCUAACACAACUGCAAUACCAGUAACUCAGGAGCUCAUCUGCAAGUUUAUGCUGAGUCCGGGAAAUGCUGACAUUCUCAUUCAAACCAAGCUGGUUUCAGCGCAGAUAGACAAUCCCUUGGAAUGUUCAGUCAUCCCCGAUGAUAUUGACGAGGAAGAAGUUUGGUUGUAUUGGAUUGACAGCAACAAAGAACCUCAUGGCAAAGCUAUCAGACAUCUUGCUCAGGAGGCUAAGGAAGGCACAAAAGCUGAUUUGGAAGUUCUUACUUAUUACAGGUACCAGUUAAACCUCUUCGCAAGAAUGUGCCUUGACCGCCAAUACCUAGCCAUAAACCAGAUUUCUACUCAGUUGUCAGUAGAUUUGAUCCUGCGAUGCGUGUCUGAUGAAAGCCUUCCAUAUGACCUACGGGCUUCUUUUUGUCGUCUUAUGCUACACAUGCAUGUAGACAGAGAUCCACAGGAAACUGUAGUUCCUGUCAAAUAUGCCAGAUUAUGGACAGAAAUUCCUACCAAGAUCACAAUCCACGAGUAUGAUUCUUUCACAGAUUCCUCAAGAAAUGAAAUGAAAAGGAAAUUUGCUCUGACUAUGGAAUUUGUAGAAGAGUACUUGAAAGAAGUUGUAAAUCAGCCAUUUCCUUUUGGGGACAAAGAGAAAAACAAACUUACAUUUGAGGUGGUACAUCUGGCUCGAAACCUCAUAUAUUUUGGCUUUUAUAGUUUCAGUGAGCUACUCAGACUUACUAGGACCCUACUAGCUAUUCUAGAUAUUGUUCAGGUUCCUAUGUCAUCAUACUUCGAAAGACUAAGCAAAUUUCAGGACGGAGGUGAGCAAAGAGGAAACAACGUUAUGAGGACUAUCCAUGGUGUGGGAGAGAUGAUGACACAAAUGGUGCUGAGCAGAGGAUCUAUCUUUCCUAUCAGCACUCCUGAUGUGCCACCAAGCAUCCACCCAAGCAAGCAAGCCAGUACCACGGAAAGUGAAGAUGUGAUUGUGAUGGACACCAAAUUAAAAAUCAUUGAGAUUCUACAGUUUAUCCUUAGUGUUAGACUGGACUAUAGAAUAUCCUACAUGCUGUCUGUCUACAAGAGAGAGUUUGGAGAAAACAGUGAAAAUGUUGAUAGCUCCUCAGUCUCUCCCCCAGACUCACCAGGGAUUGUUUCAGCUAUUGUUCCUGACAUAGAUGAAAUUGCAGCUCAGGCUGAAACCAUGUUUGCUGGCAGAAAAGAAAAAAAUCCUGUAGAGCUGGAUGAUGAGGGCGGCAGAACAUUUUUGCGGGUUCUCAUUCACCUUAUUAUGCACGACUAUCCUCCUUUGCUAUCGGGGGCCCUUCACCUGCUAUUUAAACACUUCAGUCAAAGAGCAGAAGUUCUGCAAGCAUUUAAACAGGUCCAGUUGCUGGUGUCUAAUCAGGAUGUGGAUAACUACAAGCAAAUCAAAACUGAUCUUGACCAAUUGCGAUUAACGGUAGAAAAAUCUGAAUUAUGGGUUGAAAAAAGCAGCAGCUACGAGAGUGGAGAACUGGGCGAGGGUCAGGCAAAAGGUGGUGAAGAGCCAAUUGAGGAACCAAAUAUUUUAAGCCCAGUACAGGAUGGGACCAAAAAACCACAGAUUGACAGCAAUAAGAGUAAUAAUUACAACAUUGUUAAGGAGAUUUUGAUUCGACUCAGCAAACUUUGUGUCCAGAAUAAAAAAUGUCGAAUUCAGCAGCAGCGGUUGUUGAAAAAUAUGGGAGCCCACUCAGUCGUACUGGACCUUCUCCAGAUACCCUAUGAACAGACUGAUGAGAAGAUGAACGAAAUUAUGAACCUAGCUCACAUUUUUCUGCAGAAUUUCUGUCGAGGAAAUCCUCAGAAUCAGGUUCUUCUCCACAAAAACCUCAAUUUGUUCCUAACACCUGGACUUCUUGAAGCUGAAACCAUGCGGCAUAUCUUCAUGAACAAUUACCAUCUGUGCAAUGAAAUUAGUGAGAGAGUAGUGCAACACUUUGUACACUGUAUAGAGACACAUGGACGUCACGUGGAAUACCUGCGUUUUCUGCAGACGAUUGUAAAAGCAGAUGGCAAAUAUGUGAAGAAAUGCCAGGAUAUGGUAAUGACAGAGCUGAUAAAUGGAGGUGAAGAUGUGCUGAUAUUUUACAAUGAUAGAGCAUCAUUUCCAGUUCUCCUUCAAAUGAUGUGCUCAGAGCGAGACCGAGCAGAUGAGAGUGGACCUUUGGCUUACCACAUCACACUAGUGGAGUUGCUAGCAGCAUGUACAGAAGGGAAGAAUGUAUAUACAGAAAUCAAGUGUAAUUCACUCCUGCCAUUGGAUGAUAUAGUGAGAGUGGUGACCCAUGAUGACUGCAUACCAGAGGUGAAAAUUGCAUAUGUGAACUUUGUUAAUCACUGUUAUGUGGACACUGAGGUGGAAAUGAAGGAAAUUUAUGCCAGUAACCACAUUUGGAAAUUAUUUGAGAACUUUCUUGUUGAUAUGGCAAGGGUUUGCAAUACAACUACAGAUCGGAAACAUGCAGACACAUUUCUGGAGAAGUACGUCACUGAGCCAGUAAUGAACAUUGUGAGUGGCUUCUUCAAUUCUCCAUUUUCAGAUAACAGCACCAGCCUCCAGACACAUCAGCCAGUUUUUAUUCAACUGCUGCAGUCUGCUUUCAGAAUUUACAACUGUACGUGGCCAAACCCAGCACAGAAAGCCUCCGUGGAGUCAUGUAUUAAAACUUUGGCUGAAGUGGCAAAGAACCGGGGCACUGCAAUUCCAGUGGAUUUGGACAGCCAAGUAAAUACCCUGUUCAUGAAGAGUCACUCUAAUAUGGUCCAGAGAGCAGCCAUGGGAUGGAGAAUGUCUGCCCGCAGUGGACCUCGUUUCAAAGAAGCUCUUGGAGGACCUUCCUGGGAUUACAGGAAUAUCAUUGAAAAACUGCAGGAUGUAGUGUCUGCCUUGGAGCAGCAGUUCACUCCUAUGAUGCAGGCUGAAUUCUCAGUGCUCGUUGAUGUACUGCACAGCCCAGAGCUGCUAUUUCCUGAGGGGAGUGAUGCUAGGAUAAGGUGUGGUGCAUUCAUGUCGAAGUUGAUUAAUCACACAAAGAAGCUAAUGGAGAAAGAAGAAAAGCUCUGCAUUAAAAUUCUUCAGACAUUACGAGAAAUGCUAGACAAGAAAACUAACUUUGCGGAAGAGGGGAACACUUUAAGGAAAAUCCUUCUAAAUCGCUACUUUAAAGGAGACUAUGGAAGUGGCAUGAAUGGGCCUCUGUCUGGCAGCUACAGCAAAACUGCACAAGUGGGAGCUGGAUUUUCAGGACAAGAUUCAGAUAAGUCUGGGGUAUUGAUGUCUGAUAUUCAGUGCCUUCUGGACAAAGAGGGUGCAUCAGAACUGGUUAUAGAUGUUAUAGUAAAUACCAAAAAUGACAGAAUUUUCUCAGAAGGCAUUUCGCUUGGCAUUGCAUUGCUUGAAGGUGGAAAUACACAAACACAGUACUCCUCUUAUCAGCAAUUGAAGGAGCAAAAAAAGUCAGAAAAAUUCUUUAAAGUUCUAUAUGACCACAUGAAAGUUGCUCAGCAGGAAAUACGAUCAACUGUGACAGUCAACAUGAUUGAUUUGGGAAGCAAGAAAAAGGAUGAUGAUAAUGACCCAACCAUAUCUGUUCCAAAAAAAAGAGUAAGGGAUAUGACACUGCAUCUCAAAGAAGGUAUGAAGGGCCAGUUAACAGAAGCAUCCUGUGCAACAUCCAAAGCUUAUUCUGUGUAUAGGAGAGAAAUGGACCCAGAGGUCGAUCUUAUGGGUGCAGGAACAGAUGCUGCAAAUGCAGAAGAAAAGUCUGCUGAUGAAGCGAUAAUGAGUCCUGCUAUUGCUAUCAUGCAGCCAAUACUGAGAUUCCUUCAGUUGUUAUGUGAGAACCACAACCGAGAGCUCCAGAACUUUUUGAGACAUCAGAACAAUAAAACAAAUUACAACCUUGUUUGUGAGACCCUCCAGUUCUUAGAUUGCAUUUGUGGAAGUACAACAGGUGGACUAGGCCUCCUGGGGCUAUAUAUCAAUGAGAGGAAUGUUGCGCUUGUGAACCAAACUCUUGAGAGUUUAACUGAAUACUGCCAAGGCCCAUGCCAUGAAAAUCAGACAUGCAUUGCCACCCAUGAAUCUAAUGGAAUUGACAUUAUAAUUGCACUGAUUCUGAAUGACAUAAACCCCCUUGGCAAAUACUGUAUGGACCUAGUGCUUCAGCUGAAGAACAAUGCCUCCAAGCUUUUGCUGGCUAUUAUGGAAAGCAGGCAUGACAGUGAGAAUGCUGAAAGAAUCCUUUUUAACAUGAGACCAAGGGAACUGGUGGAUGUAAUGAAGAAUGCUUACAAUCAAGGUCUAGAGUGUGACCACGAGGAGGAGAAUGGUGAUGACAGUAUUUCCCCAAAAGAUGUUGGUCAUAAUAUCUAUAUAUUGGCACAUCAGUUGGCUCGACACAAUAAAACAUUACAGCAGAUGCUGAAGCCAGGGUCUGAUCCAGAUGAAGGGGAUGAAGCCUUGAAGUACUAUGCCAAUCACACAGCGCAGAUUGAGAUUGUUCGUCAUGAUAGGACUAUGGAACAAAUAGUUUUUCCUGUCCCAAAUAUCUGUGAAUUCCUCACUCAAGAAUCUAAAAGUCGUGUACUCAAUACAACAGAGAGAGAUGAACAAGGGAGCAAAGUGAAUGACUUCUUCCAGCAGACAGAGGAUCUGUACAAUGAAAUGAAAUGGCAGAAAAAAAUUAGAAAUAAUCCGGCCCUGUUCUGGUUCUCUAGACAUAUCUCUCUCUGGGGGAGCAUUUCCUUCAACCUGGCUGUGUUCAUCAACUUAGCAGUUGCUCUUUUCUACCCCUUUGGAGAUGAUGGAGAUGAAGGUACACUUUCUCCAUUGUUUUCAGUCCUCCUCUGGAUAGCAGUGGCAGUCUGUACAGCAGUGCUGUUUUUCUUCUCCAAGCCUGUUGGUAUUCGACCAUUUCUAGUAUCCGUAAUUCUCAGGUCUAUAUACACAAUAGGGCUUGGGCCAACAUUGAUACUUCUUGGUGCUGCUAAUCUUUGUAACAAAAUAGUGUUUUUGGUGAGUUUUGUUGGAAACCGUGGAACAUUCACACGUGGCUACAGAGCAGUCAUUAUGGACAUGGCCUUCCUCUAUCAUGUAGCCUACGUCUUGGUCUGCAUGCUGGGUCUCUGCGUGCAUGAAUUCUUCUACAGUUUCUUGCUGUUUGAUUUGGUGUACAGAGAGGAGACUUUGCUAAAUGUUAUAAAAAGUGUUACACGAAAUGGUCGCUCCAUUAUCCUCACUGCAGUGCUAGCUCUUAUCCUAGUCUACCUCUUCUCAAUCAUUGGUUUCCUGUUCUUAAAGGAUGACUUCACCAUGGAGGUAGACAGACUGAAAAACAGAACUCCUGCUGCAGGCCCAGGAGAAGUUCCUACCACAACCCUAACAUCAAUGCUGAAAACAUGUACAAAAGAGAACUGUUCUACUUCAAUACCAAUUACCAAUCCGGGUGAAGAAGAGGAAGAAGAUGGAAUUGAGAGGACCUGUGACACUCUGCUCAUGUGCAUUGUUACUGUGUUAAACCAAGGGCUGAGAAAUGGUGGUGGCGUGGGGGAUGUACUGAGAAAGCCUUCCAAAGAUGAACCCUUGUUUGCUGCACGAGUUGUCUAUGAUCUCCUAUUUUAUUUCAUUGUCAUCAUUAUUGUUCUGAACCUCAUCUUUGGAGUCAUCAUUGAUACAUUUGCUGAUCUCAGGAGUGAAAAACAGAAAAAAGAGGAAAUACUUAAGACAACCUGUUUUAUCUGCGGCCUUGAGAGAGACAAGUUUGAUAACAAGACAGUCUCAUUUGAGGAGCACAUUAAGUCAGAGCACAAUAUGUGGCAUUAUUUGUAUUUUAUAGUCCUCGUCAAAGUUAAAGACCCAACUGAAUACACUGGUCCUGAAAGCUACGUGGCUCAGAUGAUUGCUGAGAAGAAUUUGGACUGGUUCCCUCGGAUGAGAGCCAUGUCCCUCGUUAGCAAUGAGGGUGACAAUGAGCAAAACGAGAUUAGAAACCUGCAAGAAAAGUUGGAGUCCACCAUGAGCCUUGUGAAACAGUUGUCUGGCCAGCUGGCUGAGCUCAAGGAACAGAUGACAGAACAAAGGAAAAAUAAGCAGAGGCUGGGCUUUCUUGGAUCAAACACACCCCAUGUGAAUCAUCACAUGCCACCACACUGAUACCAUGGGGAGAAACUGUGACUAGCCUUUCAUCAGUAUUCUUGCUUUAUUACAGAAUAAAAAGCUGAGAUUGAGAGGAGUGAACAGUGCCUAUUGUUACAAAGUUGAAAACAGCUGAGUGCCAAGAUGUUAAGUGGUUUAGCUCUGGGAACAAUUUGUAACUGUUUUUCAUGGUUGAAAGGGACCAGAACCUAGAAUGCAAGAGAUACAAGAGAGUUUGUCUGUAUUCAUUCUUCAGGCCAAACUCUGCAGGGUUUACACUCUUUGCACUUCAAUUGGCUCGAAUGGUGACUGUAUGCAAUGCAAGUCAGGGCAGUAUUUGGUUGUGUUCUUAGUAAUGUUUUAAGAUUUCUGCUCAAAGUAAUGGAAUACUGAGGCAAGGAGGAAAUAGCUUAUUAGCACACAUGCGACAGUCUUCUUCAGAAUCAAUAGAAGUUAUUUCUUGUCUUACUUGCCAAACAGCAACAUUAGUUAUAUUUGAUUGGCAUUUACUAUUUUUAAAUUACCAUAAAUAUGUCAGUGGGAAAAGUAAUAACAUUGCAGCAAGUUAACUUCUAUUAGAGUGGGGGGAAAAACCCUGAAAAGACUUUUAAAAAAAAGAA